GUUAUCUUCGUGAAACGAAACCGUUUCAAAAUCCGUAUUCCUCCCUCCACAACCCUCCCUCCAUCCAACCCCUAAUCGGCAACCACACUCCCCUCCACCGGAGAUUUUCGCAUUUCCAUCCCUUUCAAGAAUGACAGCUAGUUUGUUUAGUUCCAAUAAAAAGCGUUGUAGAAAUGACGAUGAAGAAGGAGAAAGACAGUGGAAGCAAAGGCGAAUGUUCCGCUGUAUGCAGAUGCGUAUGAUUUUGGCUGCAGCUGCGGCUGCAUUGGUAUGCAUCUAUUAUCUGAACUUUUUGGAAGACGAUGACAGUGAAAGUGAAGCCGACACUGAUAGUGAUACUGAUAGUGAUUCAGAUACGGAUCCCACAAGUGACAUUGAAAGCACAGGAAGGACAAACCAAAUUACUGAUCAAUAGAAAAGGAAACACCUGCAACGUUGUUAGUAGAAACGGGAAGAUUCUGAAACCUGAGCAUUACGGCUUUCAUAGUAGGAUGACUCAACUUAUACUCUGGUUAAAUUGCUAAUGAAUUUGAGAACCUUGUUUCAACAUGGGAAACUUUUAUUUUAAAUUGCUAGAAGAGAAAAAUGAAAUGCAUUUUGGUUAUUGAAUUUUCAAGUUAGAGAGAAAAUUUAUUUUAUUGUUUUGUUUAAUCAGUAGUUUUGGAUUAUUAAAUGGUCAUUAGAAUUAUUUUUGUAUAUUUGCUACUAACUCCUUAAUUUCUGUUUCUAAUGAUUUUAGUAUUAUGUCAUAUAGUUGGGUCUAUGGUUCUUUUCUAGUCCUAAAUACCUAAUGCAUUUGUAGUUUGUCUUAGUUUUAUACCAAUCAAUCAUUUUUUUUUUUACGAAAUUUUGUAGUCUCACUUUAAGCUUUUCUGUUUUAGAAGUGAGCGUCUCUAAGGAGUUUGGUGGAAAAUAAGUAAUAUUUUCGGAAAAAAAAUGGAUUGAAAAUACAAACUAUUCAUAUUUUGAUAUCUAGUUUUUGCAAUAUUUACCAUAUAUGCUCACAUGGCAAGCGUUGGCCGGAGAACAUCAUGUAGGGUGCCACUCUCAUCUCUUGUACCAUUAUAAUGAUCAUAUCUUGGCCAUGCUGCUCUUUUGCAUUUGAGACAAAGAGAAUAAGAUAAAAAACAAGAAGAUUGAUGGGUAUAAAAAAUAAUUACAGAACUCAACAAAACUUGUUCUAUGUGUGAAACCAAAAAAAAUGAUAAAAACUUGCACUCAUACCACAUUCAGAUAUAAUAUUGGUUUUUAUCUGUUGUUUAAAAUUUUGAACAAAAUUGAUGUGAACAACUUGAUAAUGAAAUGUAUAGAAAAUUGAUGUAUCCUUAGUUGAAAAUUUGAAUAUGACAGAUCUUAGAACAUGGUGGUUGUUAGUAAUUUACAUUUUAAAGUAGUUGGAAGAGUUGACAUAUUUAUUUAUGUACACACUCAAGAAGCUGUCUUUCUUUGUUUAAGUUUCUGUUUUACCAUCUCAAGUGUGUUCUGCUAUGUUCUUUUCUCUUCACUAUGUCUAUGGUGAAAUAUGGAGACCAAUCACAUGGUUUGACCUAUGACGUUUUCCUCAGUUUUAGAGGGGAAGACACACGUCACAAUUUUAUUGGAUAUCUUCGUGAUGCGUUGCGGCAGAGAGGAAUCAAUGCUUUCUUUGAUGAUGAGAAUCUGAGAAUAGGGGAAGAUAUUUCACCUGCCCUUUUAAAAGCCAUUGAAGAAUCUCAGAUUUCUGUUAUUGUUUUUUCUGUGAAUUACGCAUCUUCCAGAUGGUGCCUUGGUGAACUCGUGAAGAUCAUCGAAUGUACGAAAAGAAUAAACAAACAAAUUGCUUUCCCAAUUUUUUAUCAUGUUGACCCAUCUGAUGUACGAAAUCAAAGAAAUAGUUAUGGAGAAGCCAUGGUUGCACAUCAGAAUAGGUUUGGAAAAGACUCGGAAAAUAUAAAAGCAUGGAAAGCAGCAUUAUCUGAAGCUGCAGACUUGAAAGGCCACCAUAUACACACCGGGUUCGAAAUCGAUCAUAUUAAAGAGAUUGUUGAAAAGGUCCAUGCUAAGAUAGCUCCUAAACCCUUACUUGUUGGCGAAAAUCCAGUUGGGCUUGAUCAACACAUAGAGAAGGUGAAGUCACUUCUAGACAUGAAUCCUAACGACAAUACUAUAUGCGUGUUAGGCAUAUGCGGACUUGGCGGAAUAGGGAAAACAGAACUGGCCAAAGCAUUGUAUAACAAGAUUGUGCAUCAAUUCGAAGCUGCAAGUUUUCUUGCCAAUGUUAGAGAGAAAUCAAACAAAAUCAAUGGUCCCGAAGAUUUACAGCAAACACUUUUGUCAGAGAUGUUUGAGCAGCAAGAAACCGAGCUGGGAAGUACAAGUAAAGGAAUCUACGGAAUAAAACACAAGCUUGGAAAGAAAAAGGUUCUUUUGAUUCUUGAUGAUGUUGAUGACAUGGAACAAUUAAAAAACUUGGCUGGAGGAAGUGAUUGGUUUGGUCCAGGUAGUAGGAUCAUUAUAACUACAAGGGACAAAGGUUUGCUGAUAGGCACUCAUUCAUUUGUAGUUCAAAAUAUUUAUGAAAUGACUGAACUCAAUGAUCAACAUUCUCUUGAGUUGUUUUGUCGAAAUGCCUUUGGGAAAAGCAAUCCUAAAACUGGAUAUGAAGCUUUGUCAUCUCGUGCGUCUGGUUAUGCAAAAGGUCUUCCAUUGGCUUUAAAAGUUAUAGGCUCCAAUUUGGCUACUAGAAAAAGUUUAAAAGCUUGGGAGCAUGCAUUGAAAGAUUAUGAGAGGAUUCCGCGUAAAGGGAUUCAAGAUGUGUUAAAAAUAAGCUAUGAUGUUUUGGAGCCUUAUGCUCAGAGUGUUUUCCUAGAUAUAGCUUGCUUCUUCAAAGGGGAAAGAAUAGAGUAUAUCGAAGAGAUACUUGACGAAUUCAGUGCAACAUCUAAUAUUGAAGAACUUGUUAAUAAAUCUCUCUUGAAUGUUGAUCAUGGAUACUUGAAUAUGCAUGAUCUAAUACAAGACAUGGGAAGAGAAAUUGUUAGGCAAGAGUCACCAAAUCCUUUGAAACGUAGUAGAUUAUGGUUUCAUCAAGAUGUCAUUGACGUAUUAUUGGCCGACGAUUCUGGAAGUGAUGCAACUCAAGGGAUAAUGCUUGAUCCUCCCUACCAUGUAAAAAAAUUAGAAUGGAGGAGCACUGCUUUUGCGAAGAUGAACCGCCUCAGAAUUCUCAUUAUUCAAAAUACAACUUUUUCAUCAGAGCCUAAACACCUGCCAAAUCAUUUAAGGCUGCUUGAUUGGGAGAAUUACCCUUCAAAGUCUUUCCCACCAAAAUUUUAUCCAAGGAAUAUUGUUAUCUUGAAUUUGCCUUAUAGUCGACUUACAUUCGAAGAGCCGUUUAAGCAAUUUUCUUAUUUGACUGUCAUGAAUAUCUCAAAUAACCAAUCUAUCACAACAGUGCCUGAUGUGUCCAACAUUGAAAAUUUGAGAGAAUUGCGACUUGAGAAUUGUAAGAACCUAAAUACAGUUCAUGAAUCCAUUGGAUUUCUCAAACAUCUUGUUCACUUAAGCGCCGCGGGAUGCACCAAACUUGAAAAUUUUCUGCAAAGAAUGUAUUUACCAUCUCUAGAAGUUCUUGACCUUAGUUUGUGUGUAAAACUUGAACACUUCCCAGAUAUAGUGAACAAGAUGAAUAAACCAUUAAAAGUUUAUAUGAUAAAUACCUCUAUUAAGAGGCUGCCAGAUUCUAUUGAUAAUCUUAUUGGACUUGUUUCUAUUGAGAUGUCACAUAGCAAGAACCUCAAACAUCUACCAAGUUGCUUAUUCAUGUUACCAAGUGUUGUUGCUUUUAAAUUUGGAGGAUGUUCUAAACUUGGAGAAUCUUUCAGAAGAUUCGUACAUGAUUGCCCUUCAGGAGCUAAUGUUUGGUUAAAAUUAAAAACAUUGCAUUUUGAAAAUAGUGGUCUGUCGGAUGAAGAUCUUCAUUCGAUUUUCACGUGUUUUCCGAAAUUAGAAGAGUUGACUGCAUCAUAUAACAAUUUGGUCUCUCUCCCGGUGUGCAUUAAAGAGUCUGAUAACUUGACAAAGCUUGAUGUCAGUGGUUGCAAUAUGCUUCAAAAAAUUCCCGAAUGCACCAACUUGAGAAUUUUAAAUGUCCAUGGUUGUGUGAAGCUUGAACAUAUUUCAAAGUUGCCAUGCACUAUUAGAAAAAUAGAUGCAAAAUAUUGCUUCAACUUUUCUAGGGAGACUUCAGACAUGCUAUGGGAUCAGGUUAAAAAAGAUAGGCAUGGAUUAGAAAUUGUGAUGCCUAGAACCGAGAUUCCAGAAUGGUUUGAUUAUAGGAGCAAAGGAGGAAUUCCUUGUUUGUGGGUUCGUGGGAAGUUUCCCAAUGUUGCUUUAGCCUUGGUGUUCCAAGGUGUGGUUGGGAAGAAAAGAAGAACUCCUAGGCAACUUGUUGAACUUCACUUGGUUAUCAAUGGUCGAUGUGUCCCUCGCAAAGGCUAUUACAACUUCAGAAUUGAACCAAAUCAUGUUUUAAUUUGUGAUCUACAACUCUUGUUCAAUGACGAGGAGUGGAAAAGCCUUGAUGCAUUAUUUCUUGCGCAUGAAUGGAAUCAAGUGCAAAUUUCAUAUGAAGCAUCGGCCAUGACUUUUGUGACACUAAGUGAAUGGGGAAUUUUUGUGUACAAACAAGGGACUAUUAAAUUGGAAGAACUUGUUCAAUUCAUGUGUCCUGGCCCAAGGGACUCAAGCAUAGCUAACAUAAUAGUUCCUAUAAAAAGUCCUAUGAAGGAUCAAAUGAUGAUGAUAGAGGAGUUUGCUCUUGAUGAAAUCUUUAAUGAAUUAUUGGUGGAAAGCAUGAAAGAUCUGGUAAUCAAAUUACCAGAUUUAAACAUAUCGAGAGAGCUAUCGAAGAUGGCCAAGGAUAUAUUAAAAGGGAAACCAUUAGGAAAAAAGUCUCUCCUUGCAUGGUUCUUACAAAAUAUAAAAAAAAUGUAUGACAGUGUUUAUAAAGAAAAAGAUGAGCCUCUAAAUCCAAACUUAAGCCACAAGAAUGAAUUAGUGAAACGACCUAUGGAUGCAUAUGUAGGCGAAACUGCAACGUCUGGCCAUAAGGGAAGUUUGGAGGCACAAGUCAGUGAUGCUCAAUCUGAAGAAAUAAUGAUGAAAAUAUUCUUAGAUGGAAUGAGGGCAGGACUCUAUGAAGUACAAAAUAGAUUUCCUUCCCUAGAUAUAGAUGCAACCAUUAAUGCUGCUUUUAAAAGAGGUAAUUGGGCUAGAUCAGCCCACCGGUGGUCUGACUUAAGAAUGAUGAGAUAUGUAGAAGGAAUUAUCUAUGGACUACAGGAAGCACUAUUGAGUUUCCCCUCUUUAGACUUGAAUGCAACACUAAGUGAUGUGUUAAGUAAGGUGAGCAGAAGAGAGAACUCAAACCGUAGUUGUUUUACUACUACUUCAACAACUACAGUUUGGGGUCCUUGCUGUGGUUCAACUACACGACGACGAUGGAAAGGAGCCUCUCAUUUGUAUUUGCUGCGAGGGAAAGGGAAACCAACAACUUCCUCCUCAUAUAAAAUGAGAUGUCAACAAUCUCAUGCCUGCUACGCCAGUUGCUCACUGCCAAUGAACCUUCACACGCUCCCAUCUCAAGAGAACACGCAUGCGAGUAUCUGUUUAAUCUCCUCUGGUGCACGAAUUCGGAAGAAUUUGUGGAGUGGUUAUGGGACGCCACCAAAUGUCUACAUGUACGGUUCAACUGGCUACAUGAGAUUUUCGCACCUCCACUGUAAUACUCUGAUCAUAAUCUUCUGCAUCUCCUUCCUCUUAACAUGCUUUUAUUACUACUAAUAUUAACUCAUUACUCCAUUGUUUUGAAGCCUUUUCUUUAUUCAAGAUCAAGUUACGAUUAUUCUUUAUCUCUUCAAUAACAUUAUAAUAUGAUGAUUUCAGUUAGUUUUUCUGUGACUUGUACAUAUUUGUUUACCAAAUGUGAAGAAAAGUUUGUGCCCUUACUAUGAAUAGAGGUGGUGUAUGUGAAAAUUGCUUCUUGUAUUGGCAUUGAUACAAUUUUCAGGAACCAAGAUAUGUGUUUGAAGAUUUGAUAUUUGUGGCUAUAUUUAAUCUCUAUGUAUAUUUUGAACAAUAAUGUAGUUUAACAUUGCAGGCUUUCAAGUAUGACAACUAGGUUGUUUAGUUCCAAUAAUAAGCGCGGUAGAAAUGAUGACAACAAGAAGAAAGGCAGUGGAAGCAAAGGCGAAUGGCUGAGGCUGCAUUGCGGUGCAUCUAUUACCUUUUGGAACACAGUGACAAUGAUAGUGAUAGUGAUAGUGAUUCAGUCAUUCAGAUACUCAUCCCACGAGUGAAUUUGAGAAAUUUGUUGCGACAUGAAUAAUAAUAGUAGUAACUAAUAGAUGAGAACAAUGAGAGUGAUAAUGAUAAGUUUAUCAAAAUAUAUACAGCAUGAUGUUAUCUCCAUGAAAGUUUUACUUCUAUUCUGCCAAUUACCUGUUGCAUUGCAGUUGUAGUUUGUCUUAAUUUUAGACAAAUUGGUCCUUUUGAUAUACAGCAUGAUGUUAUGGGCCAAUUUUUAACUUUUAUGAAUGCUAAUUAAUUUCUUUUGAUAAAAAUUCAGUGCCUAAAACAAAAGAAAGAAGAUAAGAAUAUCUGCAAUGGGAGAACUAAUUUUGGUUGCUUGAG